AUGGCCCCAGAGAAGCCCUUGCCAUUCAGUGACGAGUUCUCGUCGGUAGACGACUACGUGGCAGAACUCCUUGACUUUGUAGGGUCAGAGCAAGUCUUUCAGAUCCUCUGCGGCGGGGUCCACAUCCUCGACUUCUUCACCAUCGAGUCCGGCCUGUUUCACGUGGCCCUGCCCCAGGAAUGGCACGCCUUCCUCCUGUCGUGUCCCACGCCCCGAUUCCUGGAUAUACUGGUACGGGACGACCUGAGCAGCUUGGUGUACGACGACGGGGACGUGCCACCCCCGGAGUCUUUGCUCAACUACAUCAGGACGGUGCGUCGACUAUCCCUGAGCAGAAGGUUCGACGGCCCUCCAGGUGGCAAGAAGCUGCCGAAGCUGCCGCGGACCGUGUCGGUGGGGAUGCGGCCCAAGAAGAUCCACGAGGUGACCAACUUUGCCGAGUUCGUGGACCGGCUGGCUCGGGAGGUUGAUGCGCGAAACGCCGACAGAGGUGCCGGAACGGACGAUAGGAGCGACGGAAAGAUCACGCACCUGGUCGACUUCGGCAGCGGACAGAACUAUCUUGGCAGGGCGCUGGCCAGCGAGCCGUACAACCGACACGUGGUCGCCGUCGAGGGACGGGAGCACAACGUUUCGGCGGCCAAGAGUUUCGACGUCAGUUCGGGGCUGGCCGUGGCCGACACGGUCAGGCGCAACAAGAAGCUGUGGAAUAAAGUGCGCGAGGUGGCGGGGAGGGAGGGGCUCAAGGACCCGGAGAUCCGGGCGCGCGCCAUCAAGGAGAUCGUCGGGGAGGACCCGGCCGCACGCGAGGCCAUCGACUUCCGCCCCAAGGACCAGCUCUCGACCACGUACGAGGCCGAGGAGGGCAAGGGCUACGUGGACUACAUCUCCGGCCGCCUGGAGAGCGGGGACCUGUCGGCCGUGAUCUCGAGCGUGGACCGGGCCCACCACAACCUGUCGGACGCAGAGACGCGCGGGCGCAAGCUGCGCCUGAUGGCCGUGUCGAUCCACUCGUGCGGCAACCUGUCGCACUACGCCAUCCGGUCGCUUCUGCUCAACGACGACAUGCGCGCCGUCGCCAUCGUGGGCUGCUGCUACAACCUCCUGACCGAGCGCCUCGGCCCCCCGACGUACAAGCACCCGUAUCUGCGCCCGACGCUGCAGGCCAUCAACGGGAAGCCGACGCCGGAGGCGGACCGCCGCGACCCGCAGGGGUUCCCGAUGAGCGAGCGCUUCGCCACGCACAACGGCGGCGACGGGAUCCGGCUCAACAUCACGGCCCGCAUGAUGGCCUGCCAGGCCCUGCAGAACUGGUCGGGCCAGGAGAGCGAGUCCUUCUUCACGCGGCACUUCUUCCGCGCCGUGGCGCAGAAGAUGUUCCUGGACCGAGGCGUGGUGACCAAGGUGAGGCACCGCCAGCCGCGUCCCGGCGAGGACGACGGCCCCGAGACCCCCUUCGACGUGAGCACCAACCCCGUCAUCAUCGGAUCGCUCCCGAACUCGUGCUACGACUCCCUAAAGACGUACGUCCGCGGCGCCGUCGCGAAGAUCACCGGCAACACCGAGUUCGCCGACUACGCCGACCUCAUGCGCGAGAGAAUGGGGUCCAUCACCGACCAGGAGAUUGAGGAGUACGAGGCCCUGUACAACCCGCGCCGCAAGGAGCUGUCCGUCGUGUGGAGCCUCAUGGCAUUCAGCGCAAUCGUCGUCGAGUCGCUCAUCGUCACGGAUCGCUGGACCUUUCUCACAGAGCAGGAUGUGGUGGAGCGGGCGUGGGUCGAGCCCGUGUUUGAUUUUAAGCAGAGUCCGCGGAACUUGGUGGUUGUUGUGACAAGAGUCAGCUUCGAUUGCGGCAACUGCAACCCCAUCAACCUCCUACCAUACCCUCGACGUCCACCCGACUCGACUCAGCUCGAUUCUCCGACAGCUCCGAUAAGAAGUACCCGAUCAACAGAACAGGACAGAGCGCUCAAAAUGAAUGGAGAGGAUCGUCUCUGGAAGUUCAGCCGACCCGAGUGGCUGAACAGCGCCUGGGCGCGCAAUGCGGGCGUCUACGGCGCCGGAGCGCUGUUCUCUAUCGCCUUUUACGUGAUGCUCGACUCGGCAGUGUGGUCCAGGUCGGCCAGGAACGGAUCCGACGUGCACGUAAAGUUUGUCGAUUGGCUGCCGCUCAUCUUCUCGAGCCUGGGCAUGCUCAUCAUCAACUCGGUCGAGAAGCAGCGGCUCAGCACCGACUCGUGGAGCUACAGCGGCUCCGGGGUGGCCUGGAAAGCCCGGGUCGUGCUGUUCCUCGGCUUCGCCAUGCUCGCGGGCGGCAUGGCCGGAGGCGUGACGGUCUUUGUGCUCAAGUUUGUCGCGACGAAUGUGAGCAUGCCGGCUCUUGGGAUGGGUAUCGAGAAUGUCGUUAGCAAUGGCUUGGUUGGGAUGAGGCAAGUUCUUCCUCUCCCACGAUUACUACUCACCGUCGUUCUCUGGAUAAGCCAGAACAUGGAGGACGAGUACUCUUACAACCUGUCUCUCUAA